CAUGCCGGUUUACGUUGAUCGCGAGGCUCCUAAGCUAUGGAGACGAAUCUGCUCAGAAACGACAUUAGAAGCUUCUCUCCUUGCCGAAAAAUGGAAGCUUGUUCUCGCCGGUCUUGCAUUUCAGUACCUUCAUGGACUUGCUGCUCAUGGAGUUCACUACUUACACCGACCUGGUCCUACGCUUCAAGAUGCCGGUUUCUUCAUUCUUCCAGCGCUUGGGCAAGAGAAAGCUUUCGUUAGUGAAACUGUAUUUGUCACCAUCUUUGGAUCAUUUGUCUUAUGGACUUUUCAUCCCUUUGUUUCUCAUAGCAAGAAGAUUUGUACAGUUCUGAUAUGGUGCAGAGUUUUUGUUUAUUUAGCAGCUUCUCAAAGUCUGAGGAUCAUCACAUUCUUUUCUACACAGCUUCCUGGUCCAAAUUAUCAUUGUCGAGAGGGCUCCAAGCUUGCCAAGAUUCCGCCACCAAAGAAUGUUGUUGAAGUACUCUUGAUUAACUUUCCUAAUGGGGUGAUAUAUGGUUGUGGAGAUUUAAUAUUUUCAUCACAUACUAUAUUCACUUUAGUCUUUGUACGCACUUAUCAAAGAUACGGAACACGAAGGUGGAUCAAGCAUCUGGCUUGGCUUAUGGCAGUUAUACAGAGCCUAUUGAUUAUAGCAUCAAGGAAGCAUUACACAGUAGACAUUGUUGUUGCAUGGUAUACUGUGAACCUUGUGAUGUUCUUCGUUGACAGUAAACUUCCAGUUAGCUCAGGUUUGGUCAGUCUUGUGUCUCUUCUUGCAGAAAUGGCAGAGCGUUCUAGUGGACCUUCUCAAACGCCGUUGCUUCCACUUAGUACAAAGGAUGGUAAGAACAAGAGCAAAGAAGAUCAUCAGAGACUUCAAAAGGAGAGCAAUGUUGCAGAUGAGCAU